GUGUAUCACACAGCCGGUCCUACGUUCUGUUCCGUCUGGGCCGAAGAGUCCCCGCCCCAGUGAGACAGUUCGCGGAGUCCGGACGAUCGGACGCACUCGGCUCCGGCCCGGGUACACUGGACGUAUUCGGAGCACCCGCUAUCAGCCAGGGCGCAGGCAGAACUGAGGCGGAGUUCUUCGUUGACGGAAAUCAUUCUAGAGUAUCGGUAAUGGCGCGUAUGAUCCCAUCUCCGGACUGGUUCAUUGGAGUCGACGGCUUUGAUCUCUGCGUCGAUGGAAACUGGAUAGACAGCAUCACUAUUGAAGUGGAUCCACUGGACGCAGGCACCGACAACGGGUUCACGUUCACCGCCCCCAACUGGCCGACGGCGCCGCAGGGGGUGGCCUACCGCAUCACCUCCAAGUACCCCUCGCACCCCGCUGGAUCCUUCUUCUACCCCCAUCUGAGAAGACUACCGCCGAUCGCCACCUUUCAGUUUAUCAAGCUCCGCGAAUACGAGCUCUCCGAAGUAUUUCACCGCGACAGCGACGACCGACGAUACGACGUGCUGCAGAUCGACAAGAUGGCGCACAACCGCGUCGACCUGCCCGACGGCAACCGCGCGCUCUCCGUCGCCGACGAGGUGGAGCGCGCCGAGGCGCCUCGGAUCUACUCCGACGGCUCCUUGACUACGCCCGACAGUGGCUACUCUUACUAUUCCAUUGUACCGACCAGCACCAACAACACACCAAGCACGACCGAAGAGCCCCGCUCAGCGAACGAGUUGCCGACGUCAGGCCCCACCGCCAGCGAGCGGUCCGCGCUGAGGAGUCUCGCGCGCAGGUACCGCGCGCGGAGACGACGCAAGCUGCGCGGCGACAACACCGACCCGGCCCAGCGGAGAAAGCGGAAAAGAACGAGACUGCUGGACUGCCGCGUAUCGGAAUGGGGCGAAUGGAGCCCGUGUCGGAACGACGGCGGCUGCGUAGGGUCAGCAAUGCGCACGCGCCGGAUCAUCCGCCGCCAGCGCCCUGGGGGCACCCCCUGCCCGCCCACGGCGCAGUCGCGGUGGUGCGCCACCAACUGCACCGCGCCAGCGCUGCGCGACGACUGGCGGAAUAACCUCACGUAAUCCCUAUUUAUAAACUUAUAAGGCUUAGUUUACACUGGACAAUACAAGACAAGACAAGACAAAGCAAGAUGUCUUGCCUUCGUCAUUGAUGGCGCCAUAGCAUAACAUGGUUUGGUGGUCAGUAUGCUAAAAUAUUUCCUGUCCAAAUCCGUUUUAGUUGUAAGUAGUCGAGUCUGAUCCACUCUCUAAUGUCGUCCAACCAUUUUCUCCUUUGACGACUGUCUUACUACAUAUAAAUCUUAUUAACAAGGCAACUGAAAUGGCGUGUCCACACAACUAUAGAGACCUGUGCCGCCUAUGGAUAUAAAGUAUUUAGCGAUAUAAAGUUGAAGGCGAAUAAAGUUUUCUUUAGUUUUGGAGUUGCUAACUAUAGAUCUCUAGUAUUUUUCGCCCAUGAUGAAAAUUUAAUAUACAAUACAAAAAAAAUUGAUGUCAAAAAUUCCAUUAUUAAUUUAAAUGUCAAAAAUUCCAUUAUUUGUCAAAUAAAAAAAUUCCAUAAUUUUAAUUUUUGAGGUGUUUUUUAUAUCACCCUUUGUAUUCUAGAGCAAACAAAAUAUAAAUAGUCAGCAUUUAUUUGUAACAUAGAAGCUCCUUUUUUUCCUUAAACAUUUUUUUCUUGUUUUGUUUUGUAUUGUCCAUGUGUGAACGCAUCUUUAAACAUGAUUCCAUUUUUGAAAUUACAUUUUGUCUGUUUUAAUGGCCAAUAUUUUACCACAUUAUUUAUAUUCUAUCUCUAUCGUUGGCAUCUCUGUCCGUCCAAUCAAAUUUUGAUUUCGAUUCCAAUUGUUUUUUCUUUGUAUUCUCAUUCUGAUGAUUCUUGAAUGUAAAUUCGUGGUGUGUAUAAAAAUAUUGGAUAAAAUUUCUGUAUAAAAUAAUUUAUUAAGAGAUGACUGUUGGUGAUUUUCCAGCGCCUCUGUCCAACGUCGCUUUUUAGAAACACAUUCGUAAUUUUUCUCGCACAAUCAACCACGAGAUGACGUCACUUUACUCAUCGAAAAUUUCAGUUUGAAAAAUUACAAGAUAUUCUGAAUCUUGAGCUUAUUCAAACACAGAAUUCAGUGACAAUUUAGAUCAUUAGCUACACCCAAGCGUACACCUAAGCGUACACCAAGCGUACACCUAAGCGUACACUAAGCGUACACCAAGCGUACACCAAGCGUACACUAAACGUACACUAAACGUACACCAAACGUACACCGAGCGUACAGUGACGAUGCGUCUACAAAGCAACGUUACUUGUGGACAGAGGCCCUAAAUAGUAGACUUCGAUUGUUUGCUGCUGUAUCUAAUGAAUGCUUUUUCAAUAAAUAAUUUUUCGUAUCUGUUUGUCAAUUAUUGCUAAAAAUAAAUGUUAUAUGCUAAAAUAUAAACUAAGUGUACUAUUUCGAUAUCCUAUACCGCGGAUAGAAUAUAAAAACUAUAUAUAUAUAUUGCAUUUAAACGUAAA